AUGCGCCUCCGUCAAGAGUCCCAGCUUCCUCUUGGAACUUGUCGAUCAGCUCUGCAGGCGACAAAUUGGAAUUUCGAAGAGGCGGUCAUUCAUCUGGAAAAGGAAGCGAAGGCUUUGGGAAUGAAGAAGAUGGAAUCUCUUGCUUCGCGAAAGACUCCAGAAGGAUGUGUUGGAGUGGCUACAGAAGGAAAUAAGGGUGCGAUGGUGAUCAUCAAUUGUGAAUCGGAGCCUGUGUCGAAGACGCCCGAAUUCAACAAGCUGGUCAACACUGUCACUAGCACUCUCCUUGCCAAAGAAGCUGGAGACUUCACCGGCGAGGCAAUCGUCGAGUUAGAUGGCGUCAAGGAUUCACUUGCGCAAGCUAUUGGACUUUUGAAAGAAAAUAUUCAAAUUAAAUCGGGAAAGGUUGUUGCGGGUCCAAAUUUAGGAUUUUACGUUAGAAAUUUCAACAAAGAAUAUCCAAAUAAUGGCACUUAUGGCUCGCUUGUCAGUCUUUCUGGCGGUAGCUCGGAGUUGAGUGCUGAUCUAGCCGCGCACUGCGUGUUAGAGCUUCCAGACGUCACUGGAGAUAUUCCUGAAGGCCCUUUGUUCAUUGACGAUCUUGCUGCCGACGAGAACCGUCUUCUCUAUCAGCCACUCAAUGGCGGCCAAUCUAUUGUUUUCAAUGUACUCGCCGAGCAAAAUGCGGAGCUUCUUUCUUGGACUCGUUUUAAAGUCUCUAAAAUGGUCUGGGACAUCCUCGUUGCCGGCAGUUUGAAUGUUGAUCAAAUCGCUUACUGUUCUCGGCUGCCAGGACCAGGAGAAACCCUUCUAGGCGAACGAUACGAGACUGGUCUGGGCGGUAAAGGAGCGAAUCAAGCGGUCCAGGCAGGAAUUGACGGAGCUCUUCUAUCUGGCGAAGGAAAAGUCGGACUGUUAGGUGCAGUAGGAGAUGAUCAAAAUGGAUCGUGGUAUGUUGAAGAGCUCGCUAAAACCGGAACGGACUGCUCGAAAAUAAUAACAAAAGCUGAUUGCUCGACUGGCGUUGCUCCGAUAACAGUUUCGAUGGAAAACGGCGAAAACUCGAUCGUUGUUGUCCCUGGAGCAAACAUGCGUUUUACUGGAGAAGAUUUAGAUGAGGAAGCUUUCAAGGGCACCAAAAUCGUCAUUUGCCAAAACGAGAUUCCAGUGAGUACGACCAAAAGAGCUCUACAACUUGGAAGAGCAGCUGGAGCAAAGACAAUCUACUCGCCCGCGCCUUGCCCGAGCAGGGAAGACUUUGAGACGUUCUCUGAACAGAUCAACUAUCUCAUCGCGAAUCAGACAGAAGCUCUGGAACUCAGUGGAAAAGAAACUAUUCAGGAAGCGGCAACAACUCUCCAGGAGAAAUACAAAAUCAAAAGUGUAAUCGUCACUCUCGGUGGAGACGGAUUUGCCGUCAAAAGCGAAGGAGAGCUGACAUUGCACCCAGUUGUUGAAAAAGUAGACGUGGUCGACACGACCGGCGCUGGAGACUCCUUCGUUGGCGCCUUUUCUUACUCGCUUACCAAGACGCAGAAAACGACGAUCGAACAUGCCAAAUUUGCGUCUAUGGUUGCUUCCCGCUCUACAACAAGAAAGAAAACCCGGUUACCAGAGGAAGAGGCCUAUCUGCCAAUUACUUCUGAUGAAUUAUUCAAUAAAUCAGGAGAAGACAGUGAUAUUCUCGUUGACGAAGAAAUUAUCAACUGUCAAACUACUUGUAAAUCAACUAUUCAAUCAUUUUUCCUGGACCAAUUCAAAACAUGGGACCCUGAAACAUUCAUGAAACUGAUAACCCAAAGAGUGUUGGAGAAAUCCAUGCGAGUUGUCCUUGAAGACAUAGACGAGAACAUAAUUAUUCCGGUGUUUCAAAUUCUCCAUCGCACUCAUUCGGCAGAGCUGAAUGUGAUUGGUAUUUUAGCAGAAAUGUCAGAUAAUGUUUGGACUCUUUCCAGAAAUACUCGGAUCUUUUUACUAGAGGCAUCAAAAUAUUACAUGCUGAAGCCGGAAAGGGUUAUCCUCGAACGAGUCCUGUAUUAUCUGAGAAUGGUUAACACGCCGAAAAAUCAAGAACUAGUGCUCUUAUUGGAGCAACUUGGUCGAAGCUCGUGUUCGCUAGACUCAGCCGUCUUGGAUGCGUACUGUGAUCUUACAGUAGACUGUACGGAAUCCUUCGAUCUUGUCUUCGACACGAAGGCCAAACUUGACUUUCCAAUCACGAAUAAAGACCUUCAAGCGGAUCAAAAUAAAGUUCACGAAGAUAGCAGAGAGCGAACAAUCGAAUUCUUGAACGGUAACCAACAAAAAGUCGAAGAUGAAAGAAUCAAUGCUGGAAACUGUGACGAUGAUGAUGAUGAUGAUGAUCGAGAAAGUCUUGAUUCCGACGACUUGGAAUUCGAACAAUUCGAAUUCGAAACGCCGAACCUUUCAAAAUACAGUCCCCGCUUUCUUAUGGAAGCCAGUGGAAUUUUGGUCGAGAGAAAUCUACCCCAAUCAAUGUCAAAAACGGAGAAGACUAAACGCAAACUCGCCGCGCUGGAAACAAUUCCGUAUUUAGCAAAGGUCAAUCAGGUUUCUUCGAAGGAGCUUGUGGAAGAGAUUUUGAAAGGGAUCGUUUAUUUUGAAAUUGUUAACGAUAAUGAUGCUGCUCUCGUGGGUGAUGCUCUAGAAUCGUUGGCAGUUGUGGCUCCGGAAUUUUAUGCUCCUGCGAUUGUUGGUGAAUUUUAUGCCGAGUCAAUGCCUCUAGAAAAACGGCAGAUCAUUCUUGCCUCUCUAUCGAAGGCCGUAAAGCAAUUGGCGGACAAUCCCUUCGAAGAACUUGAAGAAGAGAUCGCCUUUGAAAAAUUAGCGCUUUCCGCAAAAGUUGAAUCACAAUCACGGCGCUGGGGAAGCCGCCCAAAAAGCGAGAAGAUGCUCAAGUCUCGGUUUUAUCCUGCCGCUGGAUAUUUUCUUUUUCCUUUCUUGCGCAGCUGGGAUUCGAAUAAACGAACGUUGAUGUUGGAGACGUGCGAUAAAGACGUCUUGUCAAGAAUGAUUGCAUUCGUCGGCCAGAUCAUUUCUCUCUUGGAUAAUAUUCCCGAAAUCGAGAAAUACGUCCUUCCUUCCAUAGAUUUUCUCGCGACUUUUAGAAGAAUUGAUGACACGAAUUUGAAACUUGUAAUAAUCAAAUCUUACCAAGUUUGUCUGCUGAGCAUCGCUUCAACUAAACAAGAAAUCUGGAUGGACAUCACUUGGAAAAUGUGGCUAGAAGAAUGCCAAUCGCUUGAUUGCCCACGCCUUUCACUUGCUGCGACUGACCUUUUGAAUCUAUUCUAG